GAGUAAAAGACUUCACACAGUAGUUUGGGAGCGCUUGCAGAGAUGGAGAAAUUUAAAACAAUUCUCACCAUUGCAAAUCCGAAGGCUAAUAUUGGGGUUGGUUUAGUCGCGUUGCUGACGGCAGGCGGGGAGCAGAUCUUCUCUUCAGUGGUGUUUGAGUGUCCCUGCAACAACUGGAACUUUUUUUACGGCCUGGUGUUUCUUUUAGUGCCUGCUCUGGCACUGUUGGUGCUGGGCUACAUCUUGAACAAAACGUUGUGGCGACUGCUGACAGGGAUAUGCCAGCACAGAUCUACGGGGUGUCAGUGGAGGAGCAUCGCAGCCUGUGGGAUGGCCCUAUUCCAGAUCAACAGAGCCACACUGGUUGCACCGUCCAGCUGGAUUGCCGUGGCAUUGCUGCAUGGGAAAUAUUUUGAGUGUGCCAUGACUGGGAUCAAUGUGACUGCAUACAGAGAGCAUUUGUGUGGAGACAAGACCUCAAAAAUCCAGUGUCAGGAAGAUCUCUACAAGUUCCCCUGUAAGAAACCCAGCAGCGUGCUGCUGCCAGACAGAGAUGACGUGCUGGUCACCCUCAGAGCAGAAUCUCAGAUUGCAGGUUGGCUGCUCAUUGCUGCCCUCAUCAUGAUCUACCUGGUCUUCACCUGUUUGGAUCGGUGUACGUCCCCCAUCAGCUUCCUCCAGCUCCAGUUUUGGAGGGUUUAUGCUCAGCAGGAGGCUGACAUGAUGGAUCUGUACACUGUAAAGCAUGCCAAACAGCUCGCUGAGAGGAACGUGAAGAGCUUCUUCCAGAAAACUCCACCUGAGCCUAUCGAUACACCCUCUAACCGUGACUGGAUGAAAAUCUCCUCUCUGUACAAGUUCAGCACCCGUGACCAAUAUUACAGCACACUGCAGAAGUGUGUGGAGAACUACAGUGAGAUAGAAGGCAUAGUGAGAUUUUCUUCAGUCAAAUCAAGUGGCUCUCCUGCAGUCAACCCUGCUGUUAUCGAUUUUGUGGAUGUUGGGAAUUCCGCGCUGUGAGAAGCAUCUUCGUUAUUCCUGACUGCUUUUGGGAACCACACGGAAAAUUGAUGGAAAAAUUGAUGUUGUCAUUUGAUGAUGAUUGUCAGAAAACUGUAUGUGCUUUAUAAAGUACUACAGCUGAAAUACAUCAUAAUUAAAAUAAAAUUUAUAUUGUUUUAUGUUCCAGCUUUUGUGCAAAUGUCAGGUUAAAAAAAAAAAUAAAUCAAAGCACAAAAAAA